AUGACAACUAAAAAACAAACUACCAAUAGUAGCGGUCAAGGUGCUAAAAAGAUUAAUAAUACAGUAGCAGAGUCAGGUGAUACAACAAGACCACAAUCGUUUAACAAUAAUAUAUUAUCAUUACAAGAACCAUUGUUGGCAAGACCAGCAAGAAAACAAUCAAACAAUAUCAAUACUAGAUACGAAGAACAUGAUGUAGACUCACAAGACUAUAAUAUUUGGUAUGGAAAGAAGGUUGGAAAGAGAAAUUGGCGUGAUAGAGAUGUUAGCGAAACAAGAUGUAAUCUACUCAAAGAUUGUGGUCGUACACGUGCAGGCAAGGGAUCAUACUUUUGUCUUCACUUUUCAAAGGGACGUUGUGUAAAUGGUGUUGACUGUACCUUUUUACAUCGUGUUCCUACACCUGAAGACGAUAAGAAACUCAGUCUAACAUAUGACAUAUUUGGUAGAGAAAGAUUUAAACUUGAUAGAGAAGAUAUGGGUGGUGUUGGUAGUUUUAGUAGAGAUAAUAGAACAUUAUAUAUAAGUGGUAUUAAAAGUAACCAAAAUGCGGUUGCAUUGGAAGAUAUGAUAAGAAGAUCAUUUGAAGAAUGGGGAACGAUUGAAUAUGUAAGAGUAAUUAUCAACAAAUCGAUUGCCUUUGUCAGAUACAUGUAUCGUUCAACGGCUGAAUUUGCAAAGAUUGCAAUGUCUGACCAACAGUUGGACAAUGGAGAACUGCUCAAUGUUCGUUGGGCAACAGAAGAUAGUAACCCACUUGCCAAACAACACGACGAAAGAAAUCUUCAUCGUGUUGCCACCGAAGUGGUAAACAAGAGACUCAAAGAAAUGACUCCAGAUGAUAACUCUGCACUUAAAUUUCAAAUGACUGGUCAAUACCCAAAUACUGAUGGUCAAUUUGAUCAAAAUCUUUUACAAAUGGAGAAUACAAUUCAAUAUAAAUAUAAAGGAAGUCAAAGUUAUGAAAUGCAUCCAUACGCAAGACAAUAUAAUCAUAAAUUAAAGGAAAGACAAGAAAAUGGAGAAGGUGAAGAUAUUCAACCACUUGCUGGAGUUGGAAAUAUUUAUGGUCAUACUCCCAACUCUUUUAAUCAUCAAAAACAACAACCACAACAACAACAACAACAACAACAACAACAAUCCAAUCCUCUUGCAAACAUGACAGAGGAACAAAAACAACAAUACGACGAAUACUUAAAGAAUUAUUAUCAAUACUAUGGUUAUGAUUAUGCAUCAUUGACCGAUGAACAAAAACAACAAAUGUUACAAUAUUCUCAAUCUUAUUAUGGUGUUGAACAAACCACUGAAACCUCUGAAACCACUGAACAAUCGACUGAAACAAAUCAAGAUACUACUACAGAUGGCACUUCAACUACUUCUACUACUUCAACUACCUCGACUACUUCUACUACAGUUUCCUCUGAAAAUAAUACUAAACCAGAUGAAACAAAAAAAGAGGAAUAA